CACCCCACGAGCUUGCCUGCGGCGGCAGUAGUCCGGCGACCUUAGUGUGGUUGGCAGAGGCAGUUCCCGGUCUCAGGCUCAGCAUGCGGUGCACGAACCCAGCCAACCUAGUGACUUUUUGCGCCCUGCUUUGGAUCUCGAACCCGGUGCUGGCGCAGGGCCUGGAGACCCGUAUGCAGCCGGGGGCUGACUGUGAAGUAUGUAAAGAGUUCUUAAGCCGAUUCUACAACUCCUUGCUAACCAGAGGAAUAGACUUUUCUGUGGACACCAUAGAGAAAGAGUUGAUCAGCUUUUGCUUGGAUGCCAAAGGAAAAGAAAACCGCCUGUGCUAUUAUCUAGGAGCCACCAAAGACGCAGCCACCAAGAUUCUAGGUGAAGUCACACGUCCCGUGAGUGUGCACAUGCCCACAGUGAAGAUCUGUGAGAGGCUGAAGAAGAUGGACAGCCAGAUUUGUGAGCUAAAGUAUGAGAAGAAAUUGGACUUGGCAUCCGUGGACCUAUGGAAGAUGAGAGUCGCAGAACUGAAGCAGAUUCUGCAAAGCUGGGGGGAAGAGUGCAGGGCUUGUGCAGAAAAAAAUGACUAUGUGAACCUCAUCAAAGAGCUGGCCCCCAAAUAUAUAGAGAUGCACCCCCAAACAGAGCUCUGACCUCGGCUAUCAGUGCACAUGAACUGUAGUUAGAGCAAAACAACUGUCUGAGACAUGGGUGUGCUGGUUUUGGCUAACCAGGGACCACCCUGGUGACAGCCAGUCUCACUGUUGUACUGCUCAGGCUUAUGAUUAACCUAUGCUUCCUGCUGGUCACCCACAUUUGCGGAGUACAGAGACCUCCUCGUGCCUUCCUCAUCCUCCUUUGGAAGGUGUGGUUGUUCUCUUUGCAUCACAGUGACAAUGAUGCCUGUCAGGAAUGAGUCAGGGGAGAGAAGAUUUACUUUGGCUCAUGGUUUCAGCCCAUCGUGUCAGGGUAGCUAAUGGCAGAGCAGCUCAGAGCGUGGAGACAGGAGCUUGUCAGAGGCUGUUGUCAUUAUGGUGGACUGAGAAGCAGAAAGUGAUGCUCAAACAAUGGUAACCCUGUCACCUUCAAAGGUACAGUCCUAGUGAUCGACUUCUUCCAGUCAGACUCGCCUCACAGCCUCCCCCAGUUACUGGGGAACACAUGUUAAGAAAUGAACUGACUGGGGACUACACUGCCUGGUUUUCUGUGUCAACUUGACAGAAGCAUAAUUAAGAUGUGGGCGUUUUAUUGUGCAUCAAUUGUCUCUAAUAAACAGUUGUAAAAGUUAUUUGAGAGAGACUGGAGAGAUAGCUCAAUGGUUAAGAGCACUGGCUGCUCUUCCAGAAGUCCUGAGUUAAUUCCCAGCAACCACAUGAUGGCUCACAACCAUCUGUAAGGAGAUUUGGUGCCCUCUUCUGGCCUGCAGGCAUACAGGCAGAGGGAACACUGCAUAAUAAAUAAAUAAAUAAGUAAAUAAAUCUAAAAAAAAGUUAUUUGAGAAUUACCCAAAAUUAACUGAUUAAAAACAACUGUUCAUUUCCAUAAUCAAAUGAACUUACUGGCAAUUUAUUUGUGGAGUGGAGAACUUAUUCAGAGAGUAAAUAUACAUUGACAGAAUAAUGUUCACUUUUAAAUGAUGCAAAUGUAUGCAUUUUCAACAAAGCAAUGGGGUGUGAAUGAACCUAUUAGAGAAUUAAUGGUUCCUAAGGAGAUAUGUAGGCCAUGUAGCUGAAAAACAAGAAUAAAAGUCUUACAGUAA